AUCUUCCUUAUUCAUGACAAAGCCACAGUUGGAUCAUUUCCAAAGUCCUUUUAUAAGGACUAUGUCAACAGCUCAAAGUACUACUGUUGAGCAAAAUGGAUAGGUACCAUACAAGAGCAAUGCUUUUAGUCUUGGCAUUUGCACUUCUAAGCAAAGGGCAUUCACAAGACUCAGAUGCUCUUGUUCCGGCCAUCAAAACCUUCAGUGAUUCUGCAGUAGAUGUUGCUAACAAUGACCAUCUCCUCAACCUUUUCAAGGCUAAUUACCCUCCUUAUGGAAAGGACUUCAUCAAUCAUAAACCUGCUGGGAGGUUUUGCAAUGGGAAGUUAGCUACUGAUAUUACUAGUAGUAAUAAUAAGUAGUACUGCUAAUUUGUCUAGUGAUUAUUUCUUUAGGUUAAUAAACUAGAUAGAUUUCCCUUUACAGCUGAAAAUCUGGGAUUCAAGACUUGUGCCCCAGCAUAUCCAAGCCUGGAAGCAUCAAGGAGGAAUCUUCUAAUUGGGGCCAAUUUUGCUUCAGCUGCAUGUGGUUAUGAUGACAAAGUUGCCAUCAUAAAUGAGAGAAAUUGAA